UCACACUGCAUCCCAAACCACGGCCUCAUGUGGUUCUUCGACGUGACUUUUUUAAAUAAUUUAAAUUAAGCAUUGAGCAUAGAUUAAAUAGCCUCAAAAAUGAAACGUCGCGCCUCAUUUGAAGGCUCCAGCUUAACAGAGCAGAACACGCGUAGGAUGCGCCUGCAGGCCAAUGCAAUGCUGAAUGCCAGCCCUUUUGAUCCGACGCCACUCGCCAAAUUCAUCCUAAACUUGAAGCAGAAACCGGCCAAUAUUGACCAGUACGAUUUGAUGGCCGUCCUGGAAGUAAUCUUCACGAAUUUGCUGAAACGCGAGUCCCUUGAGCCGCAGGCGCUUCAAUGGGAUUCCCUGUACACAGAGACUUGGUCUCUGCUGCUCGAGCGUAUUGGCUCGUCGUCCCAGGUGGAGACACAGAUGGCCCUGAAGGUGUGCAUGUCCCUGAUCAAGGGCGAGGCUGAAAGUCCCGUCGUGGAGGGAGACUGGCCCAUCGGCAAGCUAAAGAGCAUUCUCGAAAUUCUAAUCAACGGCCCAGAGCGAACCAUUGUACUGAAGGAGUUCGGCAAGUACACCAAGUGCCUCGAUGUACUCAACUUGGCCAUCAAGUUCGCCCUCGAACUGGCACCCACCGGCGACUACCAGCAUGACACCAUCAAAGCGAUGAACUAUCUGUCGCUGGUCAACCAAUUGGACUUGGGCAAAGCGGUGCUCUCUGCCCAAAAAUAUCACGUGGACACGAACAAGUCGCAUCGCAGCUUCACCUACGAGAAGGCUCGCAAGAAGUUGAACAAAAUUUGGCGUGGCAUAAUCGCAUCCAGCAACGGCAUAGACGAGGAUCUGCAUCGCAUGGUGCUGGUGGUGCUGCUGGAGCGCAUUCUGCCCCACAUGGAGGAUCCCAUCGGAGUGACCGACUUCCUCAUGAACUCACUGCACGAAUAUGAUGGACCCAUUGCCCUGCUGGCUCUGCAGGGCAUCUUUGUGCUGAUGCAAAAGCAGAACAUCACCUAUCCGGAUGUCUACGAGAAGCUUUACCAAAUGUUCCACGCUCGCGUUUUCAGCAACAAGUACAAGUCGCGCUUGUUCUACUUGGCCGACAUUUUCCUUACCUCCACACAUUUGCCGGAGAAUCUGGUGGCGGCAUUUGUCAAGCGCUUCGCACGUCUGGCCCUGAAAAGCCCACCCAAGGAUGCCGUGAUCAUGAUACGUUUCAUCUGCAACCUUUUGCUACGCCACACCGGCCUACAGAAGCUAAUUCGCGGCGAUCCGCUGGCCGAACAGGUCACGGAUCCCUACAAUGAAAAGGAAAAGGAUCCAGUCAAGACGGAGGCGCUCAAUAGCUCGCUCUGGGAGUUGCAUUUCCUGCAAAAGAACGCCAUACCCGAGGUGGCCAAUGCAGCGACGUUCAUCAACAAUCCCCUGCCCAUUAUGGAGUUUGAUCUGGGACCACUGCUCGAUGUAGAGGACAGUCGGAUCUUUGACGAUCUAUUGAAGAGCAAGGCCAAGCAGUAUAUGCUGAGUUACGAGAACACCAAGACUUUGGCGCUGGCCAAGAAUGACACUGUCACCAAGCACUUUGAUCUAGUCUAGAAACUAAUUUUAAUGUUUAAUCCUAAGCGGGAUGACGAUUGUAGUUGUAGUUGAGCCCUCUGGGACGAGCCAACUCGGUUUGAAACCAUUUGGAUGGUGAAAUAUAAUUGAUAUUUCCAGCACCAA